UGUUGCAACACAAAAGCACAGAGGUUCAUCGCCUUUUUUGCCCGUACGGAGCAAAAGCAGGGAGGAUAUGCGCUCAGUUAUGAAUCAACAGACUUUGAAAUUCUACAGCUGGGCAUUGCCCCCUCUUCUGAUCUCUGUCUUGCUGGUGGUUUAUGCUGGUGUUGGACAUGCAGCACUGGAGAGCACCGCCUUUUCGAGCAAUUCAUCUGCCACUUCCCACACUAUUGUGCUUCACACAAAGAGAAUAAUGACUUCUGAGCCAUGGCAUCCAUUUGUUUCUCAGACUCCAGAGAAAGAGAAAGCCAAAGAGGGAGAAAUGGUGGUCCUUGGAUGCCAGUUCCACAGCCCCCAUGGCCCAUCUUUGAAUAACCUAACCGUGAAGUGGUACAAGGAGGAUGAAAAAGGGCAGGUGGACCUUGUAGAGAACAAUGUCACUGUCUUGGCAAACAACACCAGACUUUUCAUCAUAGGGAAUUUAUCCAAUGGUAAUGCGUCUUUGACUAUCUUAAAUGUGACAACCAGCGAUCACGGCACUUAUUUCUGUCAGGUGGUUCUCUCCAGCGGAGAAGCAGUGAUAGGUGAUGGCACAAAGCUCAGGAUCCGGAGGGCACUGGGAUUGUUUGGCAUAGAAGAAUCCAUUGGAACAAUCAUCGGAGUGGCGGGAGCUGGCAUUGGAGGCUUGGUCGUUCUGAUCGUAGUUUUAAUUCCGCAACUGAGAAAGUGUCUUCCAUGUGCUAAAACAACAUCCCACCAAGCAUAACUUGGACAGUACGAUUAAAAAAAAUACCAGAUGUGCCAAGAAUGAUACCAUUUUCUGAAUGUAUGCAGAAAUGUCAGUUGUUCGCAUGUUUUUAUGUUUUCUGACUUUAAAGUAUAAUAAAAAUGUUUUA